GCGGCGGCCCAUAGGCACCCGCACACGCCCGCCCCGCCGCCAAGAUGCCCAAGAGGAAGGCCAGCUCCGCCAAGGGGGCGGCGAAGGAGGAGCCCAAGAGGAGGUCGGCGAGGUUUUCAGCUAAACCUACUCCUGCAAAAGUGGAAGCGAAGCCACAAAAGGCGGCGGGAAAGGAGAAAUCUUCAGACAAAAAAGUGCAAACAAAGGGGAAAAGGGGAGCAAAGGGAAAACAGGCUGAAGUGGCUAACAAAGAAACAAAAGAAGACUUACCUGCAGAAAACGGAGAAACUAAAAACGAGGAGAGUCCAGCCUCUGAUGAAGCAGGAGAGAAAGAAGCCAAGUCUGAUUGGUAUCAUAUCCCAUGUCUUACCAGUGGUCCCUGUCUCCCUUCUUGUACAAUCCAGAGGAAUAUUUUUAUCAACUAUUCUGUAAAUGCAAGUUUUUUAGUAGCUCUAGAAACAUUUUUAAGAAGGAGGGAAUCCCACCUCAUCCCAUUUUUUAAGGGUAAAUGCUUUUUUUUAAGAGGUGAAAUCAUUUGCUGGUUGUUUAUUUUUUGGUACAACCAGAAAAUAGUGGGAUAUUGAAUAUGGGAGGCUUUGAUCGUCUUGGGUGUCAGCUUAACAUUCCAUUGAUGGGGUAGUUUUUAUAUCCUAUAAUACCAAGCAUACUAAAUGGCAAUUUGGAGUCAGUUUCUUAUACAUAUCUGAC